CGGAAUCCGAGGUUCGGAUACAAAGUAUCUGAUACAUACUAUCUAACCCAUCCCUACAUGUAUCAAUUGUGGUGUGAACAUCAAUCUAAUUGUUAUUAAACAGUCUAUGCAAGUAUAAAAAUGUUAUUUGAUGAAUUAAUAUCUCGGCCAUCGGAUAGGGAGUUAAGAAAAAUUGUUAUGAAGUGGUGGAAUAUAUAUGAAAAUAAUAAAAAAAUAAGUUUGAACGAUCUGGCCAUGAUUUUAUUACAUAGUGCUGGAAUCAAACAUAAAACUUUUGAUAUGACUAUUUUGCGGGAUGGAUUUUUCAAGAGAAACAUUUUUUCUAAGGAUCAUGACUUAUCUAAUGCACCCAUUUCUCUUCAACAAUUUUCCAAAAUACUUAACAAAUUUCUGGAUAUAUUGCUUCAGAAAAAUUUUUGGACCAUCAUACAAGAUUUGUCAUUCAUUUUUGAUUUAGUGUCUGUGAUUGAAUUUAUGAAAGAAUCUCCUCACGAUUCUGUAAGAGCAGUGUCUUAUUUAUCAGGUAUGAAAAUAUUGAGGCAGAGUUAUUACUUUUCUGAAUACUUGAUCACUGCAAAUAUUCCUAACAAAACAACUAUUAUUCAGAAAAUUGAGGAGUUAAAGAGUAAAUUGCAUAACAACUUUAGACACAGUAUGAGAGACAAAUCAGCUUAUCUUAGAAUGAUACCUUUGAAAGAACUUUUAUUUUGGUCUGGAGAUAAUCCUGAUAUCAUGAUUGAGGAAUAUAUUAGAAAAUAUAUUUUAAGAGCAUUAAGGGAUUCAUUCAUUGUGAAUCGUAAAAUUGCUUUGAAUAUUUUUUGCAAAAUUUUUGAAAAUCCCUCAGUUUUCAACAGAGAAAAACAACAAAAUUUGUUUAGCAAAUUAAUACCAGAACUAACUAUAUCUUUGAGAAGUAAUGAAGAACUUGAUUUUUUAAUUUUAAAAAUAAUGAAUCAAGCAUCAAAAUUUUUAGACGUAGUAGUUACACCUGAGGAAGAAUUGAAUAUUUCAAUGUGUCUUUAUAGUGAAAAUGAAUCUGUUUUGGAUGAAGCUAAAAUUUAUUUUUACAAUAAUUAUUUUAAAGGAAAAGUUGGUGUUAACAUAAUUUCAGAAACAUUUAAAUUUUAUAGAAAAUGUCCUGUGAAAAAUACCACACAGUUUGUAAAGAAUUUAGUGUCAUACUAUGCUGAUCAUACAACUUGGCAAGACUGGGAGUUCUGUCUAAAAUCUUGUUGCGAUAAUGAUAUUAAUGACUACCUCAAUAUUUUUUAUCAUUAUGUUACUUUUAUAAAUAGACCAUCUUUAAAUGAUCUAGAUUCAUCUACUAAAAAUAAAAUGAGGGAUCAAUUUUCUGUAAGUUUUAGUAAAUGUUGGCUACAGUUAAUGGAAACAGACAAAAUAGCUAUGAAUUCCUACGCACAAGUUUUUAUGUUGAAAUUAGCUACUUCUUUCAAUAUACUGAAACUUUCUAAGAAGAUCAACACUACGAUAAUUGACUGGUCUUUAAAAAACUUCCUCCAAGGUAACAAUCAUGAAGUUUUAAAGGAGUGUUUAUUAUGCAUUCAUUUUCUUAAUUCCUUCAAUACAAAUAUUUUAAUUGAAAAAAUGCUAAUAUCUCAUGUUCUCACGGGAUUUAUUGAACUUCUAAAGAAUGAAAAUGAGGAAACUGAAAUAAUAAAUUUGAGCCAUUAUAAAGUUCAUCUUUUGGUUAAUACCUAUGAGGAUAGUUAUGAAAAUCUUUGGGAAUCGCUGGUGUCUUUAUUAGAAAAAGAAAGUGACUUAAAAAAGGUGCAAUUAAUCAUAUCAGUCUUACAUCAUCUAGUCAUGAAUAAAAUGAAAAAAUAUAUUGAUUUUUUAAAUAUUGAAGAGAAAUCUUCCCAAUGUUUUAUAUUAAAAGUACAGAUAACUAGUUACAGUGCUAUUGUAAUUAAGGCUGCUUCUAAUUUCAUUUCUAAUGCAUAUCAGCAUAUCAACGAGAAUGGUAAUUUGGCAAAAAUGAUGGUAUGUAUUUAUUUAUUUAACAUAUUUUAUUUUUAUAAAUAAAAAUACUAGUAGAGUCAUUAAAUAAUAUUUAAAUAAAUUAAAAUAAUAGCAGUAGAGAGUCAUUUUUAUAACCUACUGCAGGGGUCUCCAACCUUGUGCCCGGGUAACGUCUCUCAUGCCUGCAAGCAAAAUUCUGCC